CAACUAGAAUAUGUGUUUUUAUUCCAACAAAUUCCCUUUGGACGUGUUACAGUAUCGGGAGGAAACCGUUCUCCCUCAUGAUACCGACAUGAGUUAAUUUGAAAACAUUUGUCCCAGCGCCACCACCCUCUCAUUCAAUCAGCUGUGCUGGGGACAGCCGAACAUUACCGGAAACUGUCGAGAUGGGAAACGAAACUCCCGUUUAUUGUGUUACUUCCUGGUCCAAUUAUAAUACCGUGCAUAUGUCUCCAUGAAGCACACCUCGCUGCCUCCCCUCCACUUGCGUCCGAACGACGGAUGGGAGCGCAGAACAAACGGAUGUGGCCUCACUAUCACAUUAUUGAUGUUUCCAGGCAUCCGCAGCAGCAGCCAGCGUAGCCCCCGAUUGUGGCCGAUUUCGGACGCGCAGGCGACGCAACUCCUGCUUGCAAUCCUGAUUUCUUUUGUCUGCGCAACUGGCAGCAACAUUUUUGGAUGUCUGAUAAGGGAUCGGCGAGUAAACACGCCGGCCUGCGCUGAUGAUCGGAGGCGAGGUGAGAUUGAUACCUCAACCUCAGAUUGCCCUUGAUCGCAAGUUAAUUUCAGUCCGGAGCGGAGGAACCGUGGGAUCAGAUGGCGUCAGUUUCGAAGGUCUCUAUCCUGGAUUACUUUAACAUUGUGUUUGAGGGGGAAAAUGGUAAAAUCGAGUCCAACUGUAAGGCUUGUGGCACCAGGAUCCAGGCGAAGAGGAGCGUCACGUCCAACUUCGUCACGCAUCUCAAGCGUAAGCACCAGGCCAUGUAUGAUGACUUUGUGAAAAGGAAGGACAUGAAGAGAGAGGGUUACUCCUCUGGUUCACUGCACAGUUUCACCACCAACGGAGGCAAUGCUCGCUACAAUCUGCCCCUCAGUGCUGGAGUGGGAGGAGGAGGAGGAGGAGGUGGUGGAGGAGGAGGAGGAGGAGGAGGCGUUGGAGGAAUGGGAACUCUUGAAGGAGGAGUAGGAGGAGGCUCUGGAGCAGGGGUGACCAAGUUUGACAGACAUGACCCACGGCAGGUUCUGAUUUCUGAGGCUAUAGCUAAGAUGAUUGUGCGUGACCUGCAGCCAGUGUCCAUGGUGGAAAAUCAAGGCUUCAGAGAGUUGCUUCAGCUCCUAGAGCCACGUUACACUCCUGAACCCCAGCACUACAUCCAGAGCCAGCUCCUUCCAGCCUAUGCCUACCAGGCCCAGCUGGCCACCCGUCAGGCUCUGGCCUCAGCACACGCCCUCAGCCUCAGCCUGGAUCUGUGGAGGGGCUUAUCUGGAGCCAGCUCAGGGUAUCUCGGUGUCACCUGCCAUUUUCUCACAUCUGACUGGCAGAUGCGCUCGGCUCUGCUGGCGUGCCUUCCACUGAACGGGGGCAACUCCGGGACCCGUGUGCUUUCAGAUUUUGAUGAAGUGUGUCACUCCCACGGCGUGUCGGGGAGAGCAUUCCGUGUGGUUGCGGACCCCCUCCUGGCAAGCAGAACGGUAAAGCCGUGUUGUCUUCCCGGCUUCCUACUUUCGCCUCAUCUCGCUAACGGCCAAGGCGGAGAUGAUGGCGAGGAUGUGGACACCGAUAACGACGUGGAGCACGCCAUCAAGAACGGCCACGGUGACCGCGAAGAGGAAGAGGAAUGGGAGGAGUCGUUGGGCGUUUCUCGGGUGGACUGUUUCUCUCGCUCUCUCGAACAGUGUGUCAAAGAAGGCCUGCGAACCUGUCCGCAGCUCUCUUCCACUCUGACCAAGGCUGCCUGCUUCUACAACUACAUUACCUCUGCUGUCCCCCCUGAGAAACUCAGCCAGGUGUUUGAUGCUUCGGGAUUGAUGAUGGGAGGACCGGGAAAUGGUCCUGAUGCAGCAAGAGACUGGGCUGCUCAGCUGAAGGUGCUUCGGCGGCUGCUGGACUCAAUGGAGUUCCUGGAGGAGAUGAGUGGCCCAGGAGAGCUGGCACUGGGUGUCACAGAGAGAGCCCUGCUGAGGGAGCUCACUGACACUUUGGAGCCCUUCACCGAGGCCUGGGACAUGGUGCACGGCGACAGGCAGGCAGACAUGCCGGCUGACAGACACGUAUCCGUCAGCCUGGCUCUUCCAUGUGUUCUUGGCCUCCGUAAGCAUCUCUCUGAGACAUCCACCCCUCACUGCCCCUCCCUCGUGGUGGGGCUCAGCCAGGCCGUAGAGCGCCUGCUGGUCCCCAUCCUGGAGAACCCCCUCUACAUCACUGCCACCACCCUGGACCCCCAGUUCAAGCUGACUUGGAGCAGCAACCCUGACUGGCACAGACAAGUUCUCAUAGAGGAGUUAUCCAAACACUCAGCGGCCUCCAGCCCCGUCGACCCCAACACGGACCUUCAUCCUCAGUCCCAGACUCCUCCCGCUUCAGCUCCAUCACCAGUUUCCUCGCUGUCUCGGCCCUGCAAGCUGUUCUCUUUCAUCAAGCAGAGGCCGGCGACGCAGGCUAAGAGCCUCGAACAGGAGCUGGCCGUCUACCUGCGCGAGGAACCCACGGACGAGGAGGCUUUGCAUUACUGGCGGCGCAAGGCCAUUGACUUUCCUUUGCUUGCACAGGUGGCCAAGAGGGCGUUUACCAUACCUGCUUGUGGCACUGUAGUUGAGAGCAUUUUCACUACCGCUGGGCGUUACCUGCUUCCAGAGAGAGGCUGUGGCUUACCAAAGAACCUGGAGACGCUCAUCUACCUCAAAGCCAACUACAGAUUAUUAUGGACCUAAAACUAAAAGUCGAGCUAUUCUUGUACUUUAAUAGCGAAUGAAGAUUUUACGUCUGCAGUAAAAGUUUCUCCUUGGAUACUAACCUCUGUUCCGCUUUAUGGAAACUGAGCUAGCAACAUGACAUAGUCCUCAUACUGCACAUCAUUUGACACGAGGAAGACUGUGACUCAGCUUCCAUUCUGGAAAUGGGUUUUCCAGACUAUAGUAGGUGUGGAUUGCUGUCUGCAUACCGUGUAGCCUGCAUACUGCAUGCUGUAUACCGAGGGGGCUGGAAGCAGAUCAAUGUUAAACCAUUUACUUUGACAUUAUUUUGUCUGAUUAUGGUCUCCGGACAACCACAAGACCGCACUCUGUGUUUUCCCCACCCAAUACACAGCUUCAGUCUGCACCAGCCUACCAACAAUAACCAAAUGGUCAACACUGUAGCAUCUGAUUUAUUUUCACUGCUAUACAACUAUAGAAGAUGAAUGCAAUUAAUGCAUCUGAUGUUGUUUUAGAAGGAAGGCGUCAACUGCUAAACAGUACGUUAGUGCAUCACCCACCUGUUGUUUUUCUCUAUGUACGUGUGCCUCAUAAUAAAUGAGUUCCACUUCCUAACGCA